UGGCCUUUGGGCCAGACCCAGAUGGCGCACCCGCUUGGUUUUGUACCCGGAAAACCGGAGUUCAAAUCCAUGUGAAACAAUUCUCGUGUCAAAAGACUUUUGAGUUGGAAAAAGAUCGCCCCGAGCUCGGUUCAAUCCCUCGUUCCCCCCCGAGCCAUGGCCUCCUUGGACUCCGACGUGCCCAUGGUCCCAGCCGGCGAGCCUUCGAGCAGCGCCGGUCCUUCCUCCUCCUCCAAAAAGUGCAAGCACUUUGAGAUCAAGAAGUGGAACGCCGUCGCUCUCUGGGCCUGGGAUAUCGUGGUCGAUAACUGUGCCAUUUGUAGGAACCAUAUCAUGGAUCUCUGUAUUGAGUGCCAAGCUAACCAGGCUAGCGCCACCAGCGAGGAAUGUACGGUUGCUUGGGGGGUUUGCAACCAUGCCUUCCAUUUCCAUUGCAUCAGCCGAUGGCUCAAAACUCGGCAAGUGUGUCCUUUAGAUAACAGCGAGUGGGAGUUUCAGAAGUAUGGUCACUAGAAUCUUCAAGCGAUGUGCAUCCGGAUUUCUGCUGCUGCUACUGCAAUGCUACGAAAUACUGGCUUUCGUGUUCAUUUUCAUGAUCCAGUUACUUAAUUAUGCCAGAGUUGUCAUGUUUUCAAGAAUCAUAUGGGCUGUAUGACUGACUUUUGCUUGAUUGAGACGUAUCAAGUGCGAUAUUUGAAAGUUCCCUAAACUGUCUUUAGGCAUUAUAAGUGAAAGGUCUCAAUCUCUCGCUCUCUAUGCGUCUGUGCAUGUGUGCCCACAAGUCUGCAUCUGUGCACACGGUGUGUUUGAAUACUUUCAUCUGCCUUUAAUCCUGAAAAUAACGAUUUUUCUU